UCCCCCAAAAGCUUUGAAUUAUCACUUAAUCAACAGACUGUGUUUAGCACACAACCAGUUCUCAUAUGCAGAAGAUUCACUCGUGGGCGAAACAUGUGGUACAUCACUGCAGUCAUCUGGACAGUUGCCAUGUUGGCAAAACUUCAGGACGGUGCUUCAAGUUCAGACCGAUUUGUGGAUCUAUCAGAUAAAAACCUCUCCUUUGUCCCUAAAGACCUACCACGCACAGUUGAGCACUUAGACCUUUCCUGCAACCACAUCAGACAACUGCAUGGAGGAGAUUUCAGAAAUACUACACAUCUUAGGUUCCUGAACAUGUCAUGGAAUAACUUGGAAACUAUUGAUCCAGAGGCAUUCGUGAACACAUUGUUGCUUCAAAUACUGGAUCUUUCUCACAACAAACUGACAAACCUAGAAGACCAGAAAUACCUACAGCACACUGGAAACCUCCUGGUACUACAUUUGGACCAAAACCAGUUCACCAAUAUGACUCUUGGAAAGGAGUUUAGUGGGCUGAAGAAUUUGAAGAAAUUGUCAAUUGAAGCCAAACAAAUUAGUAGAGGUGAUUUUAUGCACAUUUCUGAACUUAAAUUAGUGACAGUAUUUCUGUAUGUUGGACAUGAAUUUUACUAUGAAGAACACAGCUUACAAGAUGUUCAAACUAAAAAGCUUAAGAUAUCCUUCCUUAAAAAACAACAAAUUCAUCAUGAUUUGGUGUCUGACGCCCUCUCUUUUUUUGACAAAGUGGAGUUGACCAAUGUGACAAGUGGCUAUGAAAUAUUAACUGAGAUAUUAACUGCAAGAAAACAGAUCUAUACAACUUCUUUGGACCUUUCAAAUUGUAUCAUUAUGUGGAUAGACUUCACUAACUAUGUGAAUGCUGUCUUGCAAACAUCAACUUUACAUGUGACCUUCUCUGAUUUUGCAUUCACAAAUUUGCCUUAUAACGACACUCCAGUUAUAAAAACAUCCACAGUUAGAUCAGUGUUAGGUAGAAGAGCAGAAGCGAAGUCCGUGUUUUUCUCCCAAGAUGCAGUUUACAACUUUUUAAUUAACAUUCCUGUUCCCAAACUAGAAAUCGUUGAGACUUCAAUUAUACACAUGACAUGCCCCAAGUCACCAAGUCCAGUCCAGCAUCUCAACUUUUCCUAUUGUGCUUUGUCAGAUACUAUAUUUUACAGAAUCGACCAUCAACAAAUAAUUGAGUGCAAGAAUUUGGGAAAUGUACAUACACUGACUUUAGUUGACAACAAUUUAAAAGAUUUCCAGACGAUUAGCAAACGUAUGCAAUAUAUGAUUUCACUGGAGAAACUAGACGUGAGCCAGAACUCUUUGGCCUAUGAUGGACUUGAGGAGUGUCACUGGCCUCCAAAUAUCACUACCAUGAUCCUAUCUUCGAACAAUCUGGCAGACACUGUAUUUAGUUGCAUACCAAAAAACAUAAAGAUUCUAGACCUGGAAAAUAAUCAGGUUUCUGUAGUGCCGCCAAUAGUUAUACAAUUUCAAUAUCUCUCAUCUAUAAACCUGAAUAGCAACAGGCUGCGUGACUUACCGGUAUGCAAUGGAUUCCCUAUGCUGAAUGUUCUUCUUCUCAAGUCAAAUUCACUUCAUGCCCCAUCUGUACAGAAACUAGAAAGCUGUCCACAGUUGCAAAUCUUAGACAUUAGUCAUAACCCCUUCACCUGCAUUUGCUCUUUGCGUGGAUUCAGAAACCUUGGGAUCAAAUCUGAAAGACAUGCAACAGAAAUUAACAUACUAAACUGGCCAUCGGGCUACUACUGUCUGUAUCCUCAAAAACUGCGCAAAACCAUAUUAAGAGAUGUGUCAAUACCUGAAAUCUCUUGCAACUCUGGCCUGCUAGCUGCUACCAUAUUAUGUCCAGCUAUUGUUACACUUAUAACAAUAGUGGUUGCAUGCCGCCAGUUUGAUGUUCCCUGGUAUAUAGGGAUGAUACUGCAGUGGACAAGAGCAAAGCACAGAGCAAGAAGGCAGAAUAUCCCAAUAGAGGAACUAGAGGGAGUUGAAUUUCAUGCUUUCACUUCUUUUAGUCAACAUAAUGCAGACUGGGUGCACAACUCAAUGCUUCCCAAUCUGGCAGAGUUAAGAAUUUGCCAUCAUGAGAAACAUUUCAUGCCAGGGAGGACAAUCAUUGAGAAUAUCAUGAACUGUGUGCAAAAAAGUCGCAGAUCAGUUUUUGUUCUUUCAGCUCAUUUUGUGAAGAGUGAGUGGUGCCAUUAUGAACUGUACUUUGCCACACACCAGAGAUUGGCACGAGGUCCAGACAGUGUUGUAUUGGUUUUACUGGAGCCGUUGCCACAAUAUCUAAUACCAUCCAAGUACCACCAACUGAAGUCCAUGAUGAGAAGACACACCUACUUAGAGUGGCCGCAGGAGAAGGCCAAGCAGAGGCUGUUCUGGGCCAAUCUUCGAGCAGCACUGCAGUCGGAUAUACCCAGUGCACCUGUCUCAGAACUUGAGGAGUGAUUUGGAGAGUAAAAAAUAUGUAAAUAAUAAUUGAGUAACACGUUAUAAUAACUACAUCUAAGAUGCCUUAUGAAGACUUAAAGGUGCACUGUGUGAUUUUUUGUUGGGGGUCUGUCUAUGGAUAUGUCAUUACACUGCCUGGAAUGUUCCACAGUAUAACGUUGUAACAGCUCUACCUUACAUUAAUUCAAUUACAAGUGAUUUUACUGCUCAAAAAUACCUAGAAAAACAGGUAUUCUGAUUGUGAGUGGGGUUGCCUCUCCAGAGAUCUGACCUCCAUUUUGGUCUGGUUUGGUCUCCAUGAUGAUAGAAAGGUUUAACACCACACUGUGAAACAUUCCAGACAGAGCAAUACCAUCUCUACGGAGGAAAGCAUUUGACCUGAGAGUCUCCACCCAAAAAGUUACACAAUGCACCUUUAAUUCACAAUGAACCAAUAAUUCAUUCAGACUAAUCAUUCAGAUAAUGAUAAUUCAUGCUUAGUAAAUACUUCAUUAAUACCCCAGCCCUUUAAUAGUAGUUUAAAAGUAGUAUUUAAGCAAUUGUAAUCCAGCAAUCCAUCUUUUUCAGAACCAGUACUGAUUAUGAUACUAUGGAUUUAAAAAUCAACCCAUACCCACACCAAAAACUGAAAAAAAAGCAUUUAUUUCCUUAAAACAAACAGAUCCAAAUGUGUUAUGUAGUUAUUUAUUUAUCACUCUAGUAUCGACAGAACAGCUUUCUGGGCAGAACAAGUUUUAUUCCAUUAAUCCAAUUAGGAUUUUGGCUGAACUGAUAUUAAGAAGCCAAUAUCCUCUGGAAAAUCUUUUGGUAUCUGCGAUGAUAUCCUAUACCCGUAUCGGAUCAGUGCAUCCCUAAACAAAUUGUCUUUCCUCAUAAAGUCUUUUCUCAUACUUUAUUAAGGCUACUUAAGGUGUGGUUAUUAUGAAGUGUAACCAAGAAUAAACCCUGCACUAAUGAUAUUGUGAAUAAAUUGUUGUUGCUGAAAUUACUGGACUGUA